AGUAAAUAGCACAUGUUAAUUUAAUUGAGAAACAGAAGCUGAGGUUAAAGCCAAGGCGGCACAUCACUAAACACACACACACUUUCUCCAGCCAACCUGUUGUCUUUUAAAAAAGCCCUAGAGGCUCCAUAUCGAUUGUCAUGGUUACGUCCUCUGCAAAAGCAGAUUAAUCACAUGCACCACGACCACGUUCAGAAAAAAAAAAAAUUAUAAAACCGUGCCAGUCAUAUUGAAAUCGAGAUAGUGAGCUUAGCAGUCACCGGAGGGAAAAAAACACGAAUGAUGGGAAGAUAGAAGUGACAGAUAUGAGAUGCGAAACCAAAAAUUCUCCAUCUGAAUCCUUUGCGUGAUCUAUGAUCUCUUUUCCCUCCCCUCGUUCCCCCCCAUGCAUGGUGUUGCGUUUCAGCCAGUGGCACCCCUGGCUAUCAAAUGGGAUCCAUGAAUGGGCUCUCGUCACUGAUUACGGAGAGACAGAGAGGUGGGGGAGCGGAGAGGUGGGUGGUACAGAUGCUGAGGGGAGAAUCAAGCGUUGGCGGGGGGCUGGUGGGGCUCGUGUUCAUCUGUUGCACAGGACAAGCUCUCGUUUCCAGCUCUGAGCUUCGUAACCACAUGUUGCUGCGCUGAUUGCCUGCAUAAAGGCUCCUCCAGCUGCUUCUGCAUCUGUCAGUCUCUCUCUUUCACUCUCUACCUCCCUCCCGUCCUCCGUUUCUGCUCAGUUGUUGUGUCCGUCUACAAGAGGCAGAGAGCUUUUCGGAGUUGCAGCCCCGAUGUUAUUUUGGACCUCACCAAUUCAGACGUCGAGAGAGCAUUGCUGCAGAUGCGAGACUUUUUAAGGAAACAUCCCGCUCGCUCCCUUCUCUGCAUGUGAGAAGCUGAACUGGACAGAACCACCAUCAUGCCUGGCCUGAUCAACAAGAGCAAAUGGAGCUCUCUGCCUCUGAGCAUCUCAGACAUCACUUCCUGUGUCAGAGGUUACACCCUGGCAAUGACAGCCUCCUUGACCUAUGAAAACAUCGAAGAUCACCCUAUCGAGGGGAUCUUUAUAUACCCUCUGGAUGAGUGCAGCGUGGUGGUCGGGUUCGAAGCGAUGAUUGGCAGCCAGAUAAUAACCGUGCAGGUCAAAGAUAAAAUGAAAAUCGAUGACUGUUACUUUGAUUGUUGCAAUGCCAAUGGAACCCUGCAGAGUGGAGGUGGACUUAUUGUUUUGGAUGAGGAUCAGGAGAGGACAAUGCUGGUGGUCAGUCUGGGGGUCAUUCCCCCUCUGGAGACCAUUAAUAUACUGGUCAGCACCUCCUCAGAGCUCAGCACGCUCCCUAAUGGAGGAAUUCGGGUGAGCUCACCGCCCGUCUGCUCACCAAGAGUCCAACGAUCUGUCAAAGAGGAGCAAGCGUUUUCGCCCAGCACUGCUAGGAGGAGGGAUCAGCAUCACUGUGCAGUGGGAUCCCACGAGCAGACGGCCUCAGGAGUGUGUUUAGCUGCUCUGUUGGAGGAAGAGACCAUCAACUCCAUUGACUACGAGUUUAAUUUCCAUCUUGAGAUCAGAGGACCGUAUUUACUGGCAGGUGUGGAGAGCCCUUCACAUGCCAUCCGGGCGGACGCUGACCCCUCGGCUCGCUCUGCCACCAGCAUUGUAGUCACACUGGCAGACAAGUAUACCUACGACUGCCCUGUGGAGAUACUGAUCUACCCCAGUGAGCCCCAUCUGCCACACGUUCUCAUCGAAGAUGGAGACAUGACGCCGGAGGAAUACGAUGAGCAUCUGAAAGGACGGAGCGACUACAUAAAGGCCACCAAGAAGGACUGCAGCAAUGAAAAGACCGUGGACAUCGUUCGGAAGAGGCUCCAUAAAGACAUCCUCCACAACCCCGUGGUCAUGCUGAACUUCUGCCCAGACCUCCGUUCGACGACCUCUGACCUGCGGAGCAUUCAGGGGGAAUUCAUCUUCCUCAUUGACCGCAGCGGAAGCAUGAGUGGGGUCAACAUCAAUCGAGUUAAGGAUGCAAUGGUUGUGAUUCUGAAAAGCCUUUUCCCAGCAUGCUUAUUCAACAUAGUGGGUUUCGGAUCCAAGUUCAAAACGCUGUUUGCUAGCAGUCAGAGCUACGAUGAGGAGAGCUUGGCGUUGGCUUGUGAGCAUGUGAAGAAGAUCCGGGCUGACAUGGGUGGCACAAACAUACUGGCUCCUCUCAACUGGAUCCUGCGGCAGCCCAUGCAGAGAGGUCAUCCUCGCCUGCUCUUCCUCCUGACCGACGGAGCUGUCGGUAACACGGGGAAAGUUAUCGAGUUGCUCCGCAGCCACGCCAGGUUCACCAGGUGUUACACGUUCGGGAUAGGCCAGGGUGCGUGCCGGAGGCUGGUUUUAGGACUGGCCGCCGUCUCCAGAGGCACAGCUGAGUUCCUGGCAGAAGGAGAACGACUGCAGCCCAAGAUGAUUAAGUCUCUGAAGAAGUCCAUGACUUCAGUGCUGACUGACAUCUCCAUUGAGUGGCUGUAUCCAGAGACAAAGGAGAUCCUGCUCUCUCCGGUCGGAGCGAGCUGUCUUUUCCCUGGUGACCGGCUGAUCGGAUACAGCGUGGUCUGUGAUACCUCCAGAUAUCAUUCCAACCCCAAAUCAGAUAAACGGAGGCGGUACAGCAUGAUGCGUUCCAACGAGUCGGCCAGUUCAGUUUUCUAUCACUCUCAAGAGGAGGAUGCUGGGAAGGUUUCCUCUGACGGUCAGGGGCCACACAGGGACAAUCAAGUCUGCUCGCUGUUUGACAGUUGCCAGGAGACCAUGUCUGAGAGCAGUCCAGUUGCCACGGAGCAAGACAUUAUGGGAUCUGACAUAGCCACCUCUCCGCGAAGACGUGCUUACAGCACCAAUCAGAUUGUAGACUACAACCCCAUGAAGAAGGCCUACACACCCAGUGACCCCAGCUCAGUGGUGGGCAAAAACCCUCUUAGAAGAGCAAAAGUCCAGGAACUCAUUGGACAGACACAUCCUGACCACGGAGCUCAGUGGAAAAUGGACUACCAGCCACAGCUGGCCAGCCUCUGUGCCACAUCCUCAAGAGGACGUCCCAUAACUGCUCACAAACCUCCAGCGCUGCAACCCGAGGGUCUCCAGGGGGAAUCUAGGGUGGAUCAGACCCAUCCCGGCCCAGCUGUGGAAGACUGCUCCAGGUCUUCAACUGAUAGUCCUUCUUUAGGCAGCACCGGCGAUGCAGAUGGCUACACACAUCAGCUUUGCGAAGUCGAAACGCCCCAGGAUCCUCAUGCGCCAGAAUUCAAGGCCAGUCACGGAAGGGGAGAUUGCAAAGCGGUCAUAUCAGGACUGCUGUGCGGGAAGCCCAUGAGAUGGGAGGUGGCCUUUGACAUCCAGCCUUACCUGAAAGGCAGAGAACGGGAGGAGAAAGUUCAUGAGGACCUCUGGAAUGAAACCUUCCAUCACCUGGCGGCACGCUCCAUUAUUCAAGACUUUGAACACAUGGCAGAUAAAGAGUGUGAGAUUGAGCAUGGUUCUGGGAGAAGGUACCAGCUUUACGCCAUCCACACGAGCAAAGCCUGCAACAUCUUGAGCAAAUACACAGCGUUUGUACCUAUCGAUCUGGACAGCAAUGAAUAUUUACCCACCUGCAUUGAGUACAGCCAUCCCGGGGAGGAUCAUAAACGAAGUUCGCAUUGCAGUUCUCGUUCUGGAAGCAGGAAGAACCGUGGUUACUCUGUGGGUCUGGGUCGCUCGCAGUCAGGGGGUUUGCCUGGGCAAGAAGAUGCAGCUCUAGGCUACAACGUAGACGGUUCAUCCCAAUCCCCCUGCAAAACACCCUCAUCCUCCAGCUGGGAACGAUGCAGCUCUUCUGAAGCCUCUCAAAGGAGUCCGUCUGUGACCCCCGACCACUCGCAGAGAUCAGUCGAGAGCCUUUUCUCCGCCAGCAAGCUGAGCCUGAGCAAGACACGUCUCCUGACCAAAGCAGCCAGGGGCUUUAUGAGCCGGUCGCAGAGCAAAAUGAGCAACUCAGUGGGAGAGAACGAAAAUGACAACAAGGACUACAUCCCUCUGGUGUCAUUGCAGCUGUCCUGUGGUGCGUUUAUGUUGGACAGUGCCUUGUGUGACGCCAUCAACGUACCCAUGGACAAGCUGAAAUGGACGUCUCCCUUCACCAGCCACAGAAUCAGCCUUACCCACGUGUCCCACUCCGUCUCCCGGCGCUCCGAGAGCCUGGAGGUCCACCGCGGCUCCUCGCCUCCUCCGAAAGACUCAGACUUGAACUCCGAAUGCGAGGAGCUGGUGUCCUGCACGUCUUCAACCUCAUUCCAGGCCCGAAGCCCUCGGGUAGAAAGCGAGCCGUCGCUGCUGAGCGGCUUCUCUUCGCUGUCGACCGAAGCCCCGCCGUCGCCUAUCAAUUCUUUGUAUGACAGCGGACGGGGGUCAGAGUCUGAAAUUGCAGACUCGCUCCUGCCGGGUUCGCCAGGGGUCCUGCAAAGGGCAAUGCAAGACCCAGAGGGCAUGGUAUGGGCGACUGCGGUUGCUCUGGCCUGGCUGGAACACAGUUCAGCCAGUUAUUUCAUAGAGUGGGAGCUGAUCGCGGCUAAAGCCAGCAUGUGGCUAGAUGAACAGAUCGUCCCUGAGGGCCGAGACCUGGCGUCGGUCAAAGCCGCGGCCAAUCAGCUCUUCAUCAUCCUCAGACACUGGGACGAGAACCUGCAGCUCAACAUGCUCUGCUACAACCCCAACAGCAUGUGAGGCUUGAUAGGCCAAGGACGAAACUUCAAACUAUGCGAAACGAGGGUUUUACUCGCCUUGGGUUGUUUUAAUGUUUAUUCUGUGGGUUUCGUUUUAGUUUUAUGACUAGAAAUCGUGCCAGUAUUUCAUCUGCUCGAAGGCCAGAAACAUACUCUGCACAGGUGCGUAGACGCCAAUGUAGUGCGAGCUUAAUAUUGCAUAUAUGUAACUUGAUUUCUUGCAUUAAUGUAGCAGUAACAAAUCUUUAAAAGACUGUAUCUGUCUCACUUUGGAAAAAAAUAUUACAGGAAGUCAAAAAAAUGAAUCACAGUUGUGAGGAAAGUUGUAAUUAUAAGUAGUACUGUUAAAUGGUUAACCGUGAUUAAUUGCGUCCAAAAUAAAAGUUAAUAUAUGAGUGUGUUGUGUAUUAUGUAUGUAUAAAUACACACACAUGAACUGUAUAUAUAUUUUUUAACAUUAA